AUGGAGGCUGUCAAGAGCCUCAGCAGAGGCAAUGGGCUGCAUGAUGAAGCAGUGGCUUGGUGUUUUUACGCCAACAUCGCUUUCUUAGAGCACCAUGGCCGACGUGUUGGUCACCAAGAAGGAGAACACACAGAGGCGCCCAACAUUCCGGUGUUGGUGGGCGGGGCGCCUUCCUCCAGAAAGACAUGCUUGAUAGCCAUGACGACCGACUUCAUGUUGGAUGCAUCCGGAGCCCCGCAGACAAUGGCAAAGCGAGAGUGCAUCCUCGCGGAUGCCACGGUUGCAGGCAUUAGAGCAGCCAUUUACAACUACAACAGAGCUGCCGUGAUUGCCGAUGAAGCGUCCAAUGUCUAUGAGACCCCUUGGUCAGAGAAAGGGUCGGGUGGCAUCCACUACUUGAGCAAGCCCAAAAUGAACACCUACGUGCUCAGUGAAGCUGAUGAUCAAGCCACGGGGAAAGGUCAAGUACACCUCGGCUCCACUCAUCACCCUUACCUGUUUCUCCACAAGGUGGCAGGCCAAACUGAGAUUCUUGAGUUCAUUGCGCAGCCAGUGACCCAUGGCUUCAACAAGCGGUUCAACUUGGUGUUUGCGCCAGAGCAUGCCCCAGAGUCAUCCGAAGUUCACACAGGCACUGCCAAGAGUUUCUUUGCACAGCUGCAUGCUUGGAUGUAUAAGAAUGCUUGGACCAAGGAAGGGCAUCACUACCUGGAUGGCUAUGCUUUGACGUGCUACAGAAGUAUCAAGAAGGCAGUGGAGGAGUUCGUGCAAGAGAAAGGCAUCUUUCUCACCAAGGAUGCCCAAAGGAAAGUCCGAUUCUGGUCCACCGAUGUCUUGCGCCUAGCCCAUGCGAACAUGCGCAUUUGCCAGUUCUCUGUGGCGCAGUUUGGGAGCUCGAACAUGGCCGCGGCAGAGGCAGUCAGGACCCAGCCAAAGGUCUACGAGUUCAUCUUGGCAGUGAACAUGUGGCUCCGGCAGCUGCACGUGCACAUCAGCUUCUACAAGUGGUUCCGGCAAAUGACAAACAGCACGUCCAACGCUUCCAGUAGGGAGCUUACUGCUGCCAUGGAAAGAGCUGAUGAUGGAGAUGAGUUGAGUCGGCUCAAGCUUGAUCUGUCAGUAGAGGAUCGGCUGAAGCAUGAGAUUCUGGUUCAUGAGAAAGCUUUGAAUUGGUUCAAGAAGAAUCGCGUCACCGCAGAUCAGAUCAAAGCCGCCUUGGCUGACUUGCAAAAGGUGGGCCUUUUGGAUGUUGAAAUGGACCCUGAAGCUGCCGCCUCGCCGCCUGUCUCUGGUGCUGAGGCCAAGUCCAAAGCCAGGUCCAAAGCCAAAGGCCCCAAGCCAGUAGUGUACGUCAAGCGCUCUGCCCGGGAGAUUGUGGACAAUGCGGAGGCAGAGGCUCUCCGCAAGCGGCUUUUGGUGCCCAUCAAGUGCUUCUGA